CAAAAUAACAUCCGGGCCAUCAAGCCCCGCCUACUCUGUAUCCUCGUGUAAUCUUGUUGCCAUUCUAUGCGUGUAUAAUUUCUGAGAGGAGAGCUCUUUACCGCAUCAGUGCAUCACACAGAUCUGUUUUGUUUUUCAGACAUGUCUUACGGAAUGAUGGACAGCUGUCACUCACAGCCGAGAGAUUUCAACAACCUCACUCAGACAUGCAGCUCAAACAUCCAGAAAAUCACACAAAACACUGGCCAAAUUAAAAGCAUGUUGUUCCAACUGGGUACCAGACCUGAUACACCAGAUCUCCAGGACAGACUACAGCAGAUGCAGCAUUACACAAACCAGUUGGCAAAAGAGACCAACAGACACCUGAAAGACCUGGGCUCUUUACCUCAGCCACAGUCCCCUUCAGAACAGCGGCAGCAGAGAAUUCAGAAAGACCGUCUGAUGAACAACUUCUCAGCUGCCCUCAACAACUUUCAAGUGGUCCAGCGUCGAGCAGCAGAGAGGGAGCGUGAGUCAGUGGCGCGGGCACGAGGGGGCUCUAGAUUUUUGGUUGAUGAGAGCAAUCAAGAUGAACAGCUUGUGACGUUUGAAAAAAAUGAAGGGUGGAAAAUACAGACAGAGGAGGAGCCUUUCACAGAAGAAGACCUGGAGCUUAUUAAAGAUAGAGAGACCAACAUCCGUCAGCUGGAGUCAGAUAUUAUGGACGUGAACCAGAUCUUCAAGGACCUGGCGGUAAUGAUCCAUGACCAAGGUGACAUGAUAGACAGCAUUGAAGCAAAUGUUGAGAGUGCUGAGGUGCAUGUGGAGAGAGGAGCAGAACAACUCCACCAGGCAGCGUACCAUCAGAGGAAGUCCCGCAAGAGGAUGUGUAUUCUGGCUCUUGUCUUGUCGCUAGUGGUGACCGUCUUUGCGAUAAUUAUUUGGCAAGCAAUCAGAUAAGCUGAAGAGAGAAGAAUCUGUAUGCUCAGUGUUAAGUGAACAAUUACAGAUUGUGUGUGCAUGUGUGUGUUGGCACAUACUGUGCAGCUAUGAAGAAAUGACUUUAAAUUCUCCAUGAACGGCUCCUGAAAUAUGAUCUCAAUUUUACCCAAGUCAAAAAAAAGUCUUACAGUAUUUAACAGAGAAAACACACAACAAUUUAGAAUGCUGCUUACCUACUCUUAGUGAGAUACAGUAGAUAAACCUGCCUUGUGAGUGUCUUUGUGCUGUCAGUUCACCCCGAUUCUGAAAAUAUAUUCUUUUAGAAAUGUUUUAUUCAGUUUAAGUUGUAGCUAAAAAUUAGCCAUUGUCCAUUGUCAGGAGCACAAUCCCAUUGAAAUUCAAUAGUGUGAUCUAAUUAAUACCUAAUAGUGUAACCUAAAAAAUACAAACUGGAACAGUUUAUCUACAGGAACAGUCCAAAAUAUUUCCCAAUUACAGUACAGCUACAAGCCAAGUGUUUUGUUAAAGAUGUUGCUAAUAAAGCAGGUUUGGCCUGUUGCUAAAUAUAUAGUGAUUAUAUUAAAAAAUCCACAUCUUCAAAAACUGAUCACAAAGAAUGAAAGAACAAUGAUUGUUUGAACCAUUUAGCACUUAAUAUUGUGUGUUUUUGUUUUAAAAAAAAUGGAUCAGAACCCAUUUCAGCAACUAUUCAUGCAGAAAUAUAAAUCAUUGUAUAAUGUGUUCAAUGUCUGCACAUAAAUGAAAAUUGCUGCCGAGAGCAGAGAACAGUUUCCUUCCUUGAAAUGUUUGUCCAUGAACUAUCCUGGCUGGAACAUAAAAAGCAUGUUACCAAACACUUGCAUGACUGUAUUUACUUAAACAAUUUGUAUUUUGUUGCUGCUGGUCAAGUUAAUUUUUUUAACUGUAAUUAUGCAAAAUGUCAUUUUAUUAUUUUUAAAAUGUUUUGGUCAAAGAAACACAGUGUUUUGAUUCACACUGGAACAUUCUAUUUCUAAGUGGUACCUUAUAUUUUAAAUUUUAAUACAUUGUUUUAUUGCUUAUUAUCUUUCAACUGAUCAUUGAGAAAUUGUUAUUUAUGCUCUUGCUAAACACAUUCCA